AUGAUUGGCAAACCGGAACCAGACAAUGAAGAGUUGCGUGUCGCUGUUGACAACCUCCUCAAAGCUGCCAUUAGCUCAGGCCAGUUCCUGGGACUUGGCUUUGUGGCUGUCGGUCGACACGGAGAAGUACUGUACAAUGGCGCUCAUGGACAUCGAGAUUUCGCCAGGACCGAGCCCAUGACCAUAACCACUUCAGGGUGGAUGGCUUCCAUGACGAAGCUCAUGACCUCGGUCGCCGCAAUGCAAGUGGUUGAGAAAGGGCUGGUUGCCAGCCUCGAUCAAGACCUUGGAGAAAUACUCCCACAGCUUGGUGAUCGGGAGAUCUUGACGUCGUUUGCGGAAGACACCAAGGCUGAGACGUUCACGAAACCUACCAGCAAAAUUACCAUGAGAACACUCCUGAGUCACUCGAGCGGCUUUGCCUAUGACCCGCUCGACCAAAAUCUCAUCAAGUGGGCCACGGCCAACGGCAGGGACAAAGAGAUGCUUUCUGGCGAACAGAAAGCGUACGAGCGACCUCUCGUGUUCAACCCCGGAAGCGGCUGGAGGUACGGGCCGGGCAUUGACUGGGCUGGAAAAGUCAUUGAGGCCGUCUCCCACAAGAGUCUCGACGAAUAUAUGCAAGAGCACAUAUGGUCCCGCGUCGGCAUGUCAAACACCACCUUCCACCCUGAGCACCGACCGUCGUUCCCCAUGCUGGAUCUCGGCAUGCGCCUGAGUGGCCCCAACGAGCCGCUGACGCCAGGUCAGAGUCCCUUCCCCGUCCCGGCGCUGUGCGAGAUGGGCGGGGCAGGAAUAUAUUCGAAUGCCUGGGACUACGCGCAGAUGCUGGCCGCGCUUCUUGCCGACGAGUCCCCUCUCCUGAAGCCCGAGAGCGUCGAGGAGUUCCUGAAGCCGCAGUUGUCGGACAGCAGCAGAGCCGAACUCGGCCAGAUGCGCGCCCUGGAUCUGGUCCAGGUGGAUAUCCCGCGAGAUGUCCGCGUCGACCACUCCCUUGGAGGCCUGCUGGUGCUGGACGACAUUCCAGGUCGUCGAAACAAGGGGAGCGUAUGUUGGGACGGCAUGACGAACUCCAAUUGGGUCCUCGACCGUGAGCGUGGUUUCGCCUGUGUUCUAUUCGUGCAGAUUCUGCCAUGUCCCGACAUCGCGACCAAGGAGCUUUGGACGAAUCUGGAGACGCAAGUGUUUCGCCACGUUGGUAAAACCGCAGCGGAUCAGGAGUAA